GUUCUGACCAAUCAGAAUGAACGAGAGAUCUAAUUAAAACAUCUAAUUAGGCUUCUGAUUGCAACUAAGCCUCAGCGAAGCCUUUAAUAUGGAGAUAAAAUACAUUGUCAAAUCAGUUCACAUUGUCUAUUCUAAAACGAUCAAGUCAGCAGAAGUCGUAGCUACAGACACAGUUAAUCUAUAAAAGCGUUGCCAUGACACAUUUCCAGUACUGUUUUAUCCUCGCACAUUCUUAAACCGAGUCGUGCACUUCUUGUUUUUUUGCUGGCAGACAACAGGAAGUGGUGCAAAACCACAAGUUUUUUUUUUUUUCUUGUAUUGAGCAAACGGGCUGCUAGUUUCAACUUGCAAAGCGAGCUGUCAAAAGCAAGAGCAAAACUAAACUCGAUACAUGUAAAUCAUCACAUUCUUUUGAAAGCCUGCUAUAGAGCCUUAGGUGAACUUAUGCAUCAGGCUGCAUCAGGUCUUAUGCUUUCGGGCGGUUCACACACACACAACGAGACUCAGGUUACUCAAGUUUUGUAACGUUAUUGACCAAGUCUAUAGGGGUGGGUUGAAGCAGAGUAAGGAAGAGGAAGAAAGUCAGAAAAAAAAAAAGCAGCCCGAGUACGAAACUCUGAACCUGCCAGCACAUCGGCGCAUAGCUAUUUAAUUAGAUUCGUUUUCGGAAGGAAAACUCGCAAGUGUGAAUUUAAUAUGAAGCAUCUAUUUUCGUUUGGCGGCAAAAGGCGAAGCCAAUGAGGGCCGCCCACGAGACACAGUCUACACGACGCUUUUUCAACAUUUCAAGGGCUGGAAAACGUUUAGAGUUUCCAUAUCCGCUGGAUGACUGAAGGACAUACCAGUGCACUCUGACAUGGACUGUGUGGAGGUCAAAGGUCCGAUCCCGAUGGAGGAGCAGCUGGAGCCACUGGUCAUCAUUGAGGAAGGGGACGAGCAGGACGAUUUCGCACAUAGCUCCACGAGAGGGAAAGGCGUCCUGAGAGUGAAAAAGGAAGCCAUGGAGGACUCGGUGGAAAGUACAGAUUCUAAAAAUGUGGAAGGAGGUGAACCCGUGCACGUAACUAUCACUCGGGAGGAACUGGAAAAUCAGCAAAAAGAAGGGUCGGGUUCUGGAAACCGAAAGAUGGAGGGAACGAGGGAAACAGAUGAGAAUGCAGAUGUGAGUAAUGUCCAAACAGGACCUUUAUUAAGGAUGGAGAAGGUAGAAGGGGAGAUGCAGGGACUGAAGACGGACGCAUUGUCUAAAGCAGAGUCACCUGCUGAUGAUACUCAGCCUUCAGCACAUCUCCGCCCCAGAGACCGACUCAGUCCUGAAGAUGCUCAGCUAAAGGUCCGCAGAUUAUCCCCAGAUUCCCCGGAUGCUCUGUACGAGCUGCUUUGCGCCUUGCAGGAGGGUCGCCGUCUCAACGACCAGCGUUGCUCCUUCACACUGCAGCCACGCCGGAGAUGCCACUCGGAGCCUGGAACCCCACGCCACACCCACAAAGUGGUCUUCUCAUCCAUGACAUCGCUGCAGAAGGAGGAGUUCUUUGAUUUCGUGGCCACCUCUCAGGCUCGAAGGCUGGACGACCAGCGUGCUGAUUUUCAGAGCACUUCCCCAGAAACCCCCGUGCCUCUGUCUCAGGAGUCUCGCCGCCCCUCCAGCGCCCCUGCGAGCUUCUCACAGCCCAGACCCAAAUCCAGGAGAAGCAGCUGGAAGGUGAUGGAGUUCGGCCAGACUGCUCCCAAACCAGCAGCAAAAGAGGAGCUUUAUAACAUGAUCCUGACCUCACAAGCGCAGGGCCGUUUAGAGGAGCAGCGUAGCAAAGCACCAGGGCCUAUGGAUGACGAAGAUUUCUUCUCCUUGCUGUUGAAGGUCCAGGGAGGCCGUAUGGACGAGCAGAGAACAGAGCUUCCUUUAACCCUUCGGGAUUAAAAGAGAGACGCUGGCUAACACUGAUCAAUAUCAAUAUCUAAAGAGUGUUAUUACGGUUAGGUCUGAAAUAUAACUUCUUUUGUCUAAAAUGAUGUAAUUUAUGAUCAUCGGAGCCUCGAUGUAUGUGUCUUUAAUUGCUGGCAGUGAAUUUGUGUUUGAGUGUUGCUUGUAGAACUAGUCUAUAAGUAGAGCUGGGGUCAACACUUGGGCUAAACGGUUGCAGCAGGCGUUUAAUUUUUGCUGAAGUGUUUCACUGCUGCUGUUUGCUUCAGGAAGGCGUGAAAAAGAAAGAUUUUUUUGAAGUGUGUGGUGUAAAGCAGCGAAAGACCAUGAGAUAAAAAAGCAAUGUGGUGUAGAAGCAAGGCAAGACACUGUAAGUGAUAAGAACGCACGUUGGUCCAUGUAUUCAUUCGUUUUCGCUUGAUUUAAUAUUCAUCCAUUUUCCCUAUUCGUUUAAUAACAUAAUGUGUAGUAAUCAGAAUCUCGCGAUACCAAAUAUGAACGAUGCCCUACAAUGCACAAUAUUUACAGUCUAACAUCCCAAUCCUUAAAGAGGAUUUCAUCAACGGAAGAGGACGUGUAAAGACUCACAUUUCCUAUCACUCCCAUUUCAAAAGCACACAGUAUGAACUUCUCAAACCAAAGCCAGAAUGUUGGAUGAAGCUACUGAUGGAUCAUGUGGACAUUAUGGUGUUAAAGCAUUGUAACUUAAAUUUGAUUGACAUUUAUGACCCCAAACUAACAUAAUGAUAUACUGAUACAUAUCAUGAAACAAGCUUUUUAAGGAAAUGACGCGAUUCCAAGAAGUGGGUGGAGCUUCACGGAAUUCGCUUCGCCGCAAACCGUAUUGUUGAAAUGAACACAUUUCUGAGUUUUGAUCGUCGUAUUUUUUUCUGAAUGCAGAGUUUUAAUAGAUUUAAACAUUUAAAAAUAUGUUUCUCUACCCGUAGUGUCUAACCUUCAACUGACGAUCAUUAUAAAUUGCAGGCGGUCGUAUUUAAGCAGCCUGUUAUUGAGAAGAUUGAGUGGCGCAGGACGGUGAGGUCUAAAAACAUUCUCGAUAAAGAUAAUAAUCAGUAAUAAAAUCGAAUAAUAAAUGUACACAGUCCCUAAGUUUAUGAUCAGAGUCGCACUGUAAAAAAUUUUCUAUUGAUACAAGCUACAGCUGAUGCGAGCGUUGUGCUAACGGAGACGUCUAGACGGCGUCUGAAUCGCUGCCGAUUUCGUGGUUUUUUUCCACUCUGUCAAAGCGACUCGGUUCUUCGUAUCGCAUAAAAAAUGACGUAGCAUAACUCUGCGGCUCGGAGCUGAUUCACUCUGUGCCUCGGCAUAACGAAGGUCCGAUAUCAUGCCACACCAGCGUCCGCUCCGAGUAGAAAACAUCAAGUGUGUAAUGACUCAGACAUGCAGUUUGCACAAUGCUAGUCUCCAGCUCUAAGUAGCUCUGAGCCUCCUUUACUUACACAUAAUCUCUUCGAAUUAGCUCGUGAUUAUGGCGUUUUUCGAGGCUGAGCUACACAGGCGGUCGGAAAAAAAACAUCAUCCGUGUUCGCUUUGUUUCCAGCUAACUCCAAUAAGCGAUGUAUAUGAAAAACACGGACAUGUCGAUCGAUCGGAACGCUAAAGACGUGCCGCGGCGUUCGCCGCUCAUGAGCAGCCAUGUCGAUUCAGCAUCGCUUGCUAAAAAACUUUCGAUCCUAGAUUAUAUCUCUGGGACAAUACUGUAGAAGCAAACUCGUCAUGGCUGAUAGAAGAUUAUUAAAAAUACACAUUAUUACUUGUAUUUCGUUUGGGGCAGUUUUCUGUAUAAAAACAACAUUAUUCAUUUAUUAAAUGAGAAUAGUUGAAUUUGAGAUUCCUUUGGUACACGGUUAUAUUUCCAAAGAGCAUUCCGUAAUAGGAGAGGUGGCAUGGAAUCGCAGCCGCACCAAAAGCUGCCAGUUCUGGGCCCUUGAGCAAGGCCCUUAACCCAAUAGCUGCUCGGUCGUAUGAAUAAAAUCGAUGGAAGUCUCCUUGGAUUUUCAAUGUGACAAAGACUAGCAAACGUUUCGAUUUUGAUGAGUCUUUUAAUAAUGUGAAAGCGUUGCCAGGUAACAGCUACACACACACACACACACACACACACACACACAGAAGGUCUUGCACUACUUCACCGUGUUGCCAAGUUGAAAGAACUAUUCAAGUAUGAAUUGAUUUCACAUGAUUACUCUGUGCUUUGAUUGUCUUUCUGAGGUACGGAAUACAUGCUGUGGUAUUUAAUGGAGGGGGGAAAAGGAAACGUCAUCGUUGUUUUGUUGUACAAAUUAAAAUUGAAUGGUUUGUGCUCCAAACUGGGUGGUUAUUAUUCAAGAUAUCGGACAGUGUAAUUCAUUGUUUGAUACGCAGUGUCCAACUUCAUCAUUGGUAUCAGAAAUUUUCGAGACGAACUCUGUUUACAAGAAAGUUAUUUAUCUACGUUCACACACUAUAGUCUCCUCGCACAGCAGUACAGCGCCCCCUGGCGGUCCGCUCUUUUAUUUGAUAUACCGCCUGUAAAAGUAAAAAUGGGGAAAAUAAAUAAGGAGGGAUUAGAACUCACAACCUUCAAAUCAAGUCUAAAGCCUUUACCACUGACUUUAACUCUCAGAAUAAAAUUAUAUAUAAAAUAUAAUGAUAAUAAUCACCUUUAUUUUAUAUACCGCCGUUAAAAGUUAGAUCUCGAAGCACGUUCAAAGCAUAAAAAUAGUAAAUAAAAAUAACAAAAAUAUGAAACGAAUAAAUAUACAAUGAAAAUCGCAUAUGCAUCAAAAAUAAAUACAUAAAUAAAUAAAAAAUCUCAUCACCUGGAGGCUAUCCCAAUUUUUUUUGUUGUUGUAUAGCUUAAUUGUGCAGGGAUUAGAACUCACAACCUUCAAAUAAAGGCCGUCUUAUCCACUAAACGACCUUUAAGUAUAGAAUCAACCGAAAUCAGAAUUGAUUUCAGUGCAGGUAAUCGUCAUCGCUGAUUAGAACUAGUAAAGCGUCAUGAAAAGACAUGCAAAGUCGCACAAGCGUCGGUAAACAAAAACACAAUUAUAUUGCAGCUACUGCAGAUUUUCAGAUUGAUCACUGGAUGUAAAUACAAAAUUGGAUGGAAUUUCUGGUUUGUUUAAGUACAUACAUCUGAUUAUAUUGAUUUAAAUAUUAUAUAUAUUGAUUACGUCACAGUAACUCAAACACAAUUUGUAAAAUUUGCUAUUGGCCAGUUACAUUUCGAUAUAAAGUGAAACUUAAAAACCGAAUAACAGCAAACACACACUAGAUGGCAACAAAAACUAAGACAUAAUCACAGCUAAUAAUCAAUAAACCCUUCAGCAAAGAAAAUCAAAGCAACACCAGGAAGAAUGACGAAGAAGUUAAAUAAUGACUGUGAAGACGAAUAAGCGAAAGUAGAUAUGAAAACAUCUUAUUAUAACUGACAGCGUGGAAUUAUUUUGGUCAGCUUUCAUCUAGAACUGUUGAAUGUACUCCAGGUUGUGUAUUAAAAUCAUGAACAAUAAAUGUGGGUACUAAUCGAA